UAUCUCCGUUUGCUCUGGGGAAAGAAAGACACUAAGCACAAAAGCAAUGGAGAGGCUGGUGGCCAUCAUCGGUGCCGGCACCAGUGGCCUCCUGGCUUGCAAGUACACCUUGUCAAAGGGUUUCCAUCCCAUCGUUUUCGAAGCCAAAAGCAGCAUCGGAGGAGUUUGGAUAAAGACCGUGGAAACCACCAAGCUCCAAACUCCGAAAUCAGCAUAUCAGUUCUCAGAUUUUCCAUGGCCUUCCUCUGUGAAAGAAGAUUUUCCUGACCAACAUCAAGUUUUGGAUUAUAUUCAAUCUUAUGCUCGCCAUUUUGAUUUGCUUCGGCAUGUUAAGUUCAACACCAAAGUUGUCAGCAUCGAGUAUGAAGGCCCUUCCGAGGAAGAGAUGCAUUCAUGGAGCAUGUGGAGUAGUGCUGGUGAGCCAUUCAGCUCUAAAGGGAAAUGGAAAAUUGUAGCAGGAGAUGCUCUUGGCCUUUCAACUGAGGUGUACCAAGUUGACUUUGUGAUCCUCUGCAUCGGACGAUUCAGUGACAUUCCAAACAUCCCAGAAUUCCCCGACAACCAAGGUCCAGAAGUAUUUCAUGGGAAGGUAAUCCACUCCAUGGAGUACGCUGCCAUGGAUUAUCAAAGAGCAGCUGAAUUUGUCAAAGGGAAGCAAGUCACUGUUGUGGGGUUGCAAAAAUCUGCCUUGGACAUUGCUAUGGAGUGCUCAAUAGCAAAUGGCAGGGAACAUCCUUGUACUGUUUUAUACAAGACUGAGCAUUGGAGUGUCCCUGAUUAUCUUCCAUGGGGUGUGCCUCUUGGUUAUUUAUAUCUCAACCGCUUCUCGGAGUUAUUGGUUCAUAAGCCUGGAGAAGGCUUCCUGCUAAGUCUCCUGGCAACAAUCCUUUCUCCUGUGAGAUGGGCAUUUUCUAAAUUCGUUGAAAGCUAUAUAAAAAAGAAGCUUCGGUUGGCAAAGUUUGGAAUGGUACCAAAACAUAGCUUCCUUCAAGAAAUCAGUUCUUGUCUGAUCUCCACAGUGCCAGAGAAGUUCUAUGACAAAGUCGAAGAAGGAAGCAUCAUUCUGAAAAAAGCUACUAACUUCAGCUUCUGCAAGCAGGGUGUUUUGGUUAAUGGCGACACACAUCCUCUGGCUAUUGAUUUGGUUAUUUUGGCUACUGGAUACAGAGGUGAUAAAAAACUCAAGGACAUAUUUGUCUCCUCCACCUUUAAAGACUAUAUUGCCGGAUCCCCUAAUACAACAGUUCCCCUCUACAGGGAAUGCAUUCAUCCAAGAAUUCCACAACUAGCAGUAAUUGGGUUCUCAGAGAGUGUUUCAAACUUGUAUACCUCGGAGAUGAGAUGCCGAUGGCUAGCCGAGCUUCUUGACGGCACAUUCAGAUUGCCCAGCAUCAAAGAUAUGGAGAAAGAUGUGGCAGAGUGGCAAGAAUACAUGAAGACAUACUCGGGGCAAUACUACAAGAGAUCCUGCAUUGGUGCUCUUCAUAUAUGGUACAAUGAUCAGCUGUGCAAUGAUAUGGGAUGGAACCCCAAAAGAAAGAAAGGAUUCAUUGCUGAGUUGUUUGAGCCUUAUGGUCCAAUGGACUAUGCAGCCUCUUGAAGUGAUGAGGUUCCUGAACCCUGAGUUGCCAGUUAUCUUGGUUCGUGCGUGCAUGCAUGCUUUUGGAAUCAUUGGAUUCACUGUCACUGCUGAGAAUUUCCAUGCUUUUCAUGUUUAUUCAUUCAAAAGAAUUCGUGUUUGUGUUUAAAAUAAAAUCAAUAAUUUCAUCACUUUGGUUGUGGAUCAACUGUGGUUGUAUUUCUGGUAAUAAUAUGAACAAUAAAUC